AUGGAUGCUUCAAAGUCCUCCGGGAAAAGGCAUGAAGUUUGCUUCCCUACUCCUUUGUCUGGCAAGGAACCGAGGGAAGUGUCUGCGAAACGCAUGAAGGUGAAUCGAGCCUUAAUGACGUUUAGGAACUUGUUUCACAAGUUAGUGCAUCAAUUUAAAGUCAACGAACCUGAGAAUUCUGAUCUUAAUAGAAAAGCUAUGGUGGAAGCAGCAGUGAUAAUGAAAACUAAGAAUCAAUGGGAGAACACUCAAAGGUGCGUGGGAGGUAUACUAGGAAUCGAGAUUGGCGAUGUUUUCCAGCACUGGGUUGAACUCAAUAUCGUUGGCCUCCAUCGGAUAUUUUGGACUAGGAUUGAUUAUAAGAUUAUGAGCAAACGCCCGUUGGCCACAAGCAUUGUCGUAGCUGAUGGCUAUGACAAUAAUGGUUCCUUGGUUUAUGUACUGCAUGGACGAAAUCCCACUGCAAGGAGAAAUCCAGUUCGUGGUCAAAUAACGGGUAAAGGAAAUUUAGCACUACAAAACAGCAUGCAAGCUAAAAGUCCUGUGAGGGUUAUAUUGAGAGUUGAUGGAAAUUCUGAUGGUGCGGUCGUUAGCAGCAAUUCUUGCUCAUUUGUCUAUGAUGGUUUGUAUUUAGUGGAUUCUGUCACAAUAGAAAGAGGGAGAGAUGGAAGGCUUGUGUACAAGUUUUCACUGAGUAGAAUUUUGGGACAACCCCCAACUUUUCUUGCCCUUAAGGACCAUGGGGAAAGUUCAAAGCAACAUGCAAGGCUUACUCCUAGGAAGAGACGCAAACCUAGAGCUUGUGCUGUCCGAAAGGAGAUUGUUCGAGUUAAUGAUCUUUCCAAUGGUGAGGAGAAGUUUACUGUUCGGGUGGUGACAUCAAACGAUUGUGACCAGCUACCCACAUCCUUUGAGUAUAUUCUAAACAACAUUUACUCAAAGAAGUUCGAGCAGGCAACUCUUUGCGCCUGUGACUGUUCAGAUGGAUGUGUUAACAAGGAGACAUGUGUUUGCUUUAUGAAGAAUGGUGUCAAAAUGCAGAAUGAUUCUAAAAAAAGAGUUGUUUCUCCCAAGGAAUCAUCACUUAUAUAUGAGUGUGGCCCCUCUUGCAAGUGCUCCUCCUCUUGCAUCAACCGAGUAAGUCAGCAUGGUAUUCGGUUUCAACUAGAAAUCUUCUUGACUGAACUGAAAGGUUGGGGUGUUAGAACACGCUCUUUCAUUCCCUCUGGGAGCUUUGUCUGUGAGUACAUUGGAGAAGUCACUCACCAUAAGGAGGCUGCAUGGAAGCUGGAUAAUGAAUAUAUAUUUCACAUGGGUAUGUUCAUGAUGAAACUUCCUUUUCUUGUGUUUUGGACUGAACAGUUGCAGUAUUCUUUUGCAGGUGUUGGAAAGUUCUCCAUCAAUGCUAGUAAACGUGGAAACGUUGGAAGGUUUAUAAAUCAUAGCUGUUCUCCAAAUCUCCUUGUGAAAGAUGUCAUGUAUGAUCACAAUGACAAGAAUCUUCCUCACAAAAUGCUGUUUGCUGCAAGGGACAUUCCUCCUGGUAGAGAGCUGAGUUAUGAUUAUAAUUCCUUCAAUGGAAAAUUCAUCAAGUUUAAGUUUAAUACUUGCUACUGUGGAUCACCCGCAUGCAAUGGAAAGAUCUACAUCUGA